AUGGACGCGCAGCAGCGGAGCGCCGCGGCCAAUCAAGAGACAUCAUCGACGCUGGCGCCGACAGCCGCCGCCACCGACGAGGAGCACGAGCAUCCCACGCUGCACAUGCACAACGCGGCCGAGGUCAUCCCGGCGCUGCCGCUCGAAACGCGGUGGCCGCCGUUCGCGCUCCGCCGGUACCGCGGCUACUGGCUGGCCGAGCGGUUCCUGCCGGGGCUCGCCGCCUUCAACGACCACUUCGAGCCGGCCCCCGGCGCCACGGACGUGCUCCUGGCCACCUGCCCCAAGUCCGGCACCACGUGGCUCAAGGCCCUCGCCUUCGCCACCGCGCACCGCGCCGCGCACCCGCCGUCGUCGCCAGGCCACCCGCUCCUCUGCCGCAGCCCGCACGGGCUCGUCAUGUUCCUGGACGACAUAUUCGGCCGCCCCGUCGAAGACGCGCGGCGCGUCCUCGCCGCCUACCCGUCUCCGCCGCGCCUCUUCGGCACCCACUGGGCCUACUCUCAACUGCCGGAGCGCGUCACCGCUGGAUGCCGCAUCGUGUACCUCUGCCGGGACCCCAAGGACGUGAUGGUGUCCUGGUACUGGUUCCUCAAGAAGUUUCUCCCCCACGACGCCGGCGACCUCGACUUCAUGGAGCUCUUCGAGGUGUUCUGUGAGGGACGCAGCGGGUACGGACCGGCUUGGCGGCACGCCGCCGAGUACUGGGAGGCGAGCGAGGGACACCCGGACAAGGUGCUCUUCCUCAGGUACGAGGAGAUGCUGCGCGACCCUGCUGAGAAUGUCGGAAAGCUCGCGCAGUUCCUCGGGUGCCCGUUCACAUCGGCGGAGGAGGACGCCGGCGUGGUAGAAUCCGUGGUGGAGCUGUGCAGCCUGGAGAAGCUGAGUAGCCUGGAGGUGAACAGGAGCGGCGCGCCGGCGCUGGCCGUGCCCAACGACGCCUUCUUCAGGAAGGGGGUGGCCGGCGACUGGCGCAACCAGAUGACGCCGGAGAUGGCGGCGAGGCUGGACGCCAUCGUCGAGGACGCCCUGCAUGGCACAGGGUUUUCAUUCGUCCACUCCGGGCACGCGGUGGAGCACCACGGGACCGGCGCCGGAGCACCAUAG